AUGUCUACCUUGACGACCGACUUGUCCUCGCACCUCGCUCUGAUCACCGGCGCAACAGGAGGCAUCGGACGAGCUACGUGCCUCUCCCUCGCACACCUCGGCUGUUCCAUUGCAGUCCACUACAACAGCGCCGCAGACACCGCUGCGAGUCUCGUGUCGCAACUACAGUCCUUAGGCGUCAAAGCCAAGUCGUUCCAGGCCGACUUGAGUGCCUACAACGGUGCACGCGCGCUUCACGCGGCCGUCGUGCGAGAAAUGGGUGACCCGACCAUCCUGUUCAACAACGCCGGCAUGACCAUGGGCAAGUCCGGCGUCAAAGACGUCUCGGAAAUCAGUGUCGAAGAGUUCGAGCAGACCUGGCGCGGGAACUGUGGCACGGCAUUCCUCCUCACGCAACUGUGUAUCCCGAGCAUGGUCGGACAGAACUGGGGCCGGGUGAUUUUCUGCUCGAGCGUCGCUGGGUUCACGGGCGGCGUUGUCGGCCCGCAUUAUGCGUCAUCCAAGUCAGCAAUGCAUGGACUCAUACAUUGGCUUGCGGGCGCAUAUGGUAAAAAGGGGAUUACCGUGAACGGCGUCGCGCCCGCAUUGAUCGAGGAGACGGGCCUGUUGCCUGCGAGCAACGAUGACCUUUCUGCGAGGAUCCCAAUUGGUAGACUGGGAAAGCCUGAAGAGAUCGCCGAGACUGUGCUGUGGAUGGUCAAAACUGGCUAUGUUCAUAACAAGGUCGUUGCCGUCGAUGGAGGAUGGUUCAUCCAGUAA